AUGGCGAAGGACAACAAUGGCUACAAGGACACCGAUGACAAGCUGCCGCGGGCGAAAAGGGUUAAGAACAAAGCCCCAGCCCCUGUCCAAAUCACCGCAGAGCAACUCCUCCGAGAGGCGCGUGAGGGUCAGGAGGGGGAAAUCCGUCCUCCCCAACAGCAAAUAAAUGACGCUACCGAGCUUGCUGAUUUUCGCCUCCGAAUGCGCAAGGGAUUCGAGGACCAAGUCCGGCGCCAAAAGCAGAAUGCCCGCGUCUGGAUCAAGUAUGCUCGGUGGGAGGAGUCCCAGAAGGAAUUGGACCGUGCACGCUCUGUUUGGGAGCGGCUGCUUGAGGUAGAUUAUCGAAACCACACCGUCUGGGUCGAGUAUGCCGCGAUGGAGAUGAAGAAUAAGAUGAUCAACCAUGCGAGGAAUGUGUGGGAGCGUGCUGUGCAACUCUUGCCGAGGGUGGAUCAGCUCUGGUACAAAUAUAUUCACAUGGAGGAGAUGAUAGGGAAUGUGGCUCGGGCUCGGGAAAUAUUUCGGAGGUGGAUGGAUUGGAUGCCGGACCAGCAAGGCUGGAUCGGAUUCAUCGAGUUUGAGCUUCGGUAUAAUGAAGUAGAUCACGCGAGAGCAAUUUUUGAGCAGUUCGUACAAUGUCAUCCAAAAGCUGACGCUUGGAUUCGGUAUGCCAAGUUUGAGAUGAAGAAUGGUGACCUUGCAAGGGUAAGGGAUGUGUAUCAGACGGCAGUGGAUAUGCUAGACAAUGAUGAGGGGGCCGAACAGUUGUUUCUGGCUUUUGCUGAAUUUGAACAAGGGUGCAAAGAAAUCGAGCGUGCAAGGAGUAUUUAUAAGUUAGGGCGCGAUCGUAUACCAAAAGGAAUGGCUGCUGCUUUGUAUAGGAUGUUCGAGGAAUUUGAGGAGCGUUAUGGGGACAGACAAGGGAUCGAGGAUGCAGUUGUGAACAAGGCAAGGUUCAAGUACGAGCAGGAGGUUAGGAAGGAUCCUUUGGAUUACGAUGCCUGGUUUGGUUAUAUAAGGCUAGAAGAAAAUGCAGGGAACAAGGAGAAGAUUAGACGAGUUUAUGAUCGAGCGAUCGCCAAUUUACCACCGGCUCAAGAAAAGCGGUAUUGGCAGUGCUACAUUUAUCUAUGGAUCAACUAUGCAUUGUAUGAGGAGAUUGAUGCUCGCGAUGAGGACCGUGCACGCGCUGUCUAUAGAAUGUGCCUUGAACUGAUUCCUCAUAAGAAGUUUACAUUUGCAAAAAUGUGGAUUCUCGCGGCCGAGUUUGAGAUCCGACAACUGAAACUCGAGUCUGCACGUAAGAUACUUGGUACUGCAAUUGGAAAAGAUUCUUCUGCGGAGGAUGGGGACGAUAAAGAAACAUAGUACAUUGUAUGUUUCGGGUAUCAUGAGAAUCGUUUGGAAGUGAUUUUAAUUUUAGACUUUUUUUUUAUUAAAGCAUUUAUAAAAAAAUACUUGAGUGUUUUUUAAAGUUUUUGUUAAGAGUAUUGUUAUUCAUAGUUUCAUA